AUGAACCGUCUCGCUGUUGCGGCCAUCCUCUCAUGCGGCGCCAUUGCAGCACCGUCCAUUGAAGGCCGUGAUGUGGAUGAAACAUAUCCAUACACGGGACCUGAGGUGCCUGUUGGUGACUGGGUCGAUCCCAGUGUAAACGGAAAUGGCAAAGGUUUCCCGCGUCUCGUUGAACCGCCGGCAGUGAAGCCAAAGAGGGAGAAUCCCACCAACAACGUCAAUGUCAUUUCUCUUUCGUACUGGCCCAAGGGCAUCAACGUCCACUUCCAGACUCCCUUCGGUCUGGGAGAGUCUCCCUCUGUUCGCUGGGGCAAGUCUCCUGAUAGUUUAAUCAACACUGCCCAUGGCUCUUCCAAGACAUAUGACCGGACGCCGCCUUGCUCCAUGAUCAAGGCAGUCACCCAGUGCAGCCAGUUUUUCCACAACGUCGAAAUCAAUGGCCUUGAGCCUGAUACUACCUACUACUAUCAGAUUCCUGCGGCUAACGGCACCACUGAGUCUGAUGUGCUCAGCUUCAAGACUGCUCGCCCAGCUGGAGACUCCAAGGGCUUCACUGCUCUGGUGAUCAACGACAUGGGUUACACCAACGCUCAAGGAACCCACAAGUACCUUGAGAAAGCCGUUGACGACGGUGCCUCUUUUGCUUGGCACGGUGGUGAUAUUUCCUACGCCGACGACUGGUACUCUGGCAUUCUUCCCUGCACUGACGAUUGGCCCCUCUGCUAUAAUGGCACCGAUACCGAGCUUCCUGGAGGUGGUCCAAUCCCCGAGGAGUACAAGACUCCUCUUCCUAAGGGCGAGAUACCGAACCAGGGCAGCCCUCAGGGUGGAGACAUGAACGUCAUCUACGAAUCCAACUGGGAUCUCUGGCAGCAGUGGAUGGGUGCUAUCACUACCAAGAUCCCAUACAUGGUCCUCCCCGGCAACCACGAGGCAACUUGCUCAGAGUUUGACGGUCCCAACAACGAAUUGACUGCCUAUCUCAACGAGGACAAGGCCAACGGCACCUCCAAGACUUCCAACCUUACCUACUACAGCUGCCCGCCGUCCCAGCGCAACUUUACCGCCUAUCAAUAUCGUUUCCAGAUGCCGGGCGAUGUUUCCGGCGGCGUCGGCAACUUUUGGUAUUCCUUCGACUAUGGCCUCGCCCACUUUGUCUCGCUCAAUGGUGAGACGGAUUACCCCAACAGCCCAGAGUCAUCUUUUGCGCGUGACAAGGCCAAGAAGCACAACGACACUCUUGUUCCCGGAGACACCUAUGUGACCGACUCUGGUCCGUUUGGAAAGGUUGGCGGAGACAUCAACGACAAGAAGGCUUAUCAACAGUAUCAAUGGCUUGAGAAGGACCUUGCCAGCGUUGACCGAUGCAAGACUCCCUGGGUCAUCGUCAUGUCUCACCGUCCACUUUACAGCUCCGAGGUCUCUACGUACCAGGUCAACAUGCGUGCUGCUUGGGAAGAGUUGAUGCUCAAGCAUGGUGUGGAUGUUUACAUCGCCGGACACAUCCACUGGUAUGAGCGACUCCUGCCAAUGGGUUUCAACGGAACCAUCGACAUGGGCUCCGUCAUUGAUAACAGCACCUACCGCGUCAACAACGGCAAGUCAAUUACCCAUAUCACCAACGGUGCUGCUGGAAAUAUCGAGAGUCACAGCUUCUUGGCUAAAGAUGAGCCGAUCAAGAACUUUACUCAGGUUCUUGACCAGACUCACUUUGGAUUUGGAAAGAUGUCCAUUAUUGAUGAGAGCGAGCUGCGUUGGCGGUUUAUUCGAGGCGACACUGGUGCUGUGGGUGAUGAGCUGAAGCUACUCAAGCAGACAGCCACUUGUGGAGGGAAUGGAACAAGAUCUGGAGCUACCCCUAUGUCUUCCUCUGGGACUGUGGCUCACACUCCAGCUGUUGGUGGUGGUAGCAGAGUUGUUGCCUCUGUUGGGUUGAUGGGCGUUGUGUUGAUGGCUCUCUUUGCGAUUUAG